AUGUAUCGCCACCUCACGUCCAUUCAGUACAUUGACAACUAUGAGAUUCAUUGGUCACUCGGGGCACUGUUGCACAAGACCAAGUUGUUUCCUCUCAGGAACAUUGAGAAGGCAUCACAGAAACUCAGCAAGAAAGCGACACAAUCAAGAUAUCCUGCCAACGCAAUAAUCAUUUUCAUCUGCCUGCUGCUGUUACUUACGGUAUUAUUGUACUGCUGCUCUUUGUACAUGUGGCCAGCAAAGUCGAGAAGACAAGUAACAAUAUCGGUCAGCGCAAAUGACACUGAUGAGCAUGUUGUAGACACAAAGUCUUAUGACAAUAACAUGAGAAUGAUCAGGUCUAGGUCCUAUGGCUUUUUUGCUAACUCAGCUCAGAAUAUUGUUUGA